AGUGAUCCCACACAAAAGUUUUUCGGAAUUGUUUGGGACUGCGGCGAGGUUGAGCAGGAGCCCAGCGCUGCACGACUUCGCCGAGCAGAGUUCGGCCUCACGACAACCCCACGACUCCUUCCAUUCCCAGUUCAAGCCGCCUCUCACCCGCAGACUUGAAUUAAUCGCCCAUCAUGGCCGAGCAGCUGAUUCUCAAGGGCACCCUCGAGGGCCACAAUGGCUGGGUCACCAGCUUGGCUACCUCCAUGGAGAACCCCAACAUGCUCCUGUCUGCCUCUCGCGACAAGACCCUCAUCAUCUGGAACCUGACCCGUGAUGAGUCGCAAUACGGCUACCCCAAGCGCUCUCUCCACGGCCACUCCCACAUUGUCUCGGACUGCGUUAUCUCCUCUGACGGUGCCUACGCUCUGUCCGCCUCGUGGGACAAAACCCUCCGCCUCUGGGAGCUCGCCACCGGCACCACCACCCGCCGCUUCGUCGGCCACACCAACGAUGUUCUCUCCGUCUCCUUCUCGGCCGACAACAGACAGAUCGUUUCCGGCUCGCGCGACCGCACCAUCAAGCUGUGGAACACCCUCGGUGACUGCAAGUUCACCAUCACCGACAAGGGCCACACCGAGUGGGUUUCUUGCGUCCGCUUCAGCCCCAACCCCCAGAACCCCGUCAUUGUCUCCAGCUCCUGGGACAAGCUCGUCAAGGUCUGGGAACUCUCGACCUGCAAGCUCCAGACCGACCACAUCGGCCACACCGGCUACAUCAACACCGUCACCAUCUCUCCCGAUGGAUCUCUCUGCGCCUCCGGUGGCAAGGACGGUACUACCAUGCUCUGGGAUCUUAACGAGUCGAAGCACCUGUACAGCCUGAACGCCGGCGACGAGAUCCACGCCCUCGUCUUCUCCCCCAACCGCUACUGGCUCUGCGCUGCCACCGCCAGCAGCAUCAUCAUCUUCGACCUCGAGAAGAAGUCCAAGGUCGACGAGCUCAAGCCCGAGUUCACUGCCGUCGGCAAGAAGAGCCGGGAGCCCGAGUGUGUCUCCCUCGCCUGGUCCGCUGAUGGCCAGACCCUGUUCGCUGGUUACACCGACAACAUCAUCCGUGCCUGGGGUGUCAUGUCGAGGGCAUAAAUCUCUUCUUCACCCGCUACGCGUCGUCGUCGCCUCUCCUUUGUAUGAUGUGGAAAAUAAUCGUCAGAAGCGAGAGCUGUCAGCACGUAUGUCCGUGUGUGUGUGUGCAUGAAGAGAGGAAGGGGGUUGCCAGAAAGGAAUAGAGGAAGAAGGAAAAAAGCGAGAGCAAGGCAAGGUUUUCGGUCAUUGACUGGGCGUAUGGAUGGGCUGUCAUUUCGCACAAUUGGUCUUAUUUUAUGAGGGAAAUGGCCAUUCACCUUCUCGACUGCACGUGACAAUGAAAGUCAACAGAGAUCACAACAAUAAAAAAACAUGAACAAAA